GUGUAGGCCAGGCACUGGGAGGAGGAGGAGGAGGAGGUGGGACACGGCAGUAAGUAGCUGCCUCUCCCGGCGCCGGUGAGUGUACUGCUGUCCCGGUCGCUGUGGCGGCUCCGGCGGGUGACUGGCCGCCCUCUCCUCGUACCCCGGGAACGGACACGCCGGGAGCCGCUGGGCACAAUGCUCCGCUCCGGGAAGAAGGAGGAGGAGACGCUGAUUGAGAUGUCUGCGGCCACGGACGAUGAUAUUUCUGUACUUACGGAAAUCAGGACCCCCGAUACGGAAGGUGAAGACCUCAGUGGGCCACUGUAUGAGAUUAAUUCUAAUGCAGAGUCCGAGCCGCCGUGUAACUCUGAGGGCCUGAGCAGCACAGAAAGUUCCUUUCUCAUCACCAACCACCAGAGGAAAUGGCGCAAGCACGGCCUCUUCCUGAAGCGUCGUCUACGGAUAGAUAAACACCACCAGAGUAAGGACUCCGUCUUCUUCCGCGAUGGGGUCCGGAGAAUCGAUUUUGUGCUCUCCUAUCUGGAUGAACCACAGAUGGAGAAGAAAGCGGAGAGGAGGAAACAGUUUGAAUUAAAUCUGCAGAAGGCCGGGCUGGAGCUAGAGACUGAGGACAAGAAGGAAUCUGAAAAUGGAAAAAUCUAUUUUGUUAAAAUCCACGCACCCUGGGAGGUCCUCUCCACCUACGCGGAGGUGCUGAACAUUAAGGUGCCCAUUAAGGAGAAUGACCUGGACGACAAAGCUGGCAACCCUUUGAAUUACGUGUUGAAGCUCUUCAGACUGCCGGACAAAGUCAUGAACCCGGAGCCGGACUAUUUCACCGCCCCAUUCAGCAAGCAGCGACAGGAGCUGUUCCUCAUCCAUGAUGAGAACACGUUCUUCUCCCCGGCCACCAGGAACAGGAUAGUGUAUUACAUCCUCUCCCGCUGCCCGUACGGAACAUCAGAAGAUAAGAGAAAGUUUGGACUGAAGAGGCUACUGAGCAACGGGACUUACAACGCCGCCUUUCCACUCCAUGAUUGUCAGUACUGGAAGAAGUCUCCGGAGGAGAAGUGCGACAAUGAGCGUUACACCCUGUACAGUCAUUGGGCCAGGUUUGGCAAGUUUUACAAAGAGCAGCCUCUGGACCUCAUUAGGAAAUAUUACGGAGAGAAGAUCGGAAUCUAUUUUGCCUGGCUGGGUUUCUACACGGAAAUGUUAUUUUAUGCUGCGGUUGUGGGAUUUUUAUGCUUCCUUUAUGGCUUGGUAACCAUGGAUAACAGUAACAGUAGUAAAGAAAUCUGUGAUAAGGACAUUGGCGGUCAGAUUAUCAUGUGUCCUUUAUGCGAUCAGAGAUGUGAGUUCUGGAGGCUAAACUCCACCUGUGAACCCUCGCAGUAUUCUCAUUUGUUUGACAAUGUGGCGACGCUUUUCUUUGCAAUAUUCAUGGGAAUAUGGGUAACUUUGUUCCUGGAGUUUUGGAAGCGGAGACAGGCCAGGCUGGAGUACGAAUGGGACUUGGUGGAUUUUGAAGAAGAACAGCAACAACUUCAGCUAAGACCGGAAUAUGAAGCCAAAUGUACUCAGAAGAAAAAAAAUCCAGUCACUCAGGAGAUAGAACUGGUCAUAAAGCGAAGUCCUGCAAAUAUCUGUGGGAAGAUAUUUCUGUGCUGGAUGACUAUUGUGUUCUGGAUCACCCUGAUCAUAGCCAGCAUGAUCGCGGUUAUAGUGUAUCGGCUGGCCGUCUAUGCUGCGUUCGCCAGCGUCAUGGAGAACAACGACACGCUGGAACCCAUCAGCGGAUUGCUGACCCCGCAGCUGGCCACCUCAGUGACAGCGUCCUGUCUGAACUUUAUCAUGAUCAUGAUCCUGAACUUCCUGUAUGAACGCGUGGCGAUCUGGAUUACCGACAUGGAAAUCCCCAGGACGCACCUGGAGUACGAGAACCGCCUCACCAUGAAAAUGUUCCUCUUCCAGUUUGUCAACUACUAUUCGUCGUGUUUCUACGUGGCGUUCUUCAAGGGCAAGUUUGUGGGUUUCCCCGGAGAAUACACCUAUAUGUUCAGCCGCUGGCGCAAUGAGGAGUGCGAUCCGGCCGGCUGUCUGAUAGAACUCACCACUCAGCUCACUAUCGUCAUGGCUGGAAAGCAGAUCUGGGGGAAUAUUCAAGAGGCCCUUGUUCCGUGGAUGAUGAACUGGUGGAGGAGACGGAAAACCACUCACAGCCCAGAGAAUUUAUACAGCCGCUGGGAGCAGGACUACGACAUGCAGGUGUUUGGUCCUCUGGGCCUCUUCUACGAAUACCUUGAAAUGGUAAUUCAGUUUGGGUUCAUCACGUUGUUCGUGGCGUCUUUCCCGCUGGCGCCGCUUCUCGCUCUGCUCAACAACAUCCUGGAAAUCCGCGUUGACUCCUGGAAACUGACCACGCAGUUCAGGCGCCCGUUUGCGGCCAAAGCCCACAGCAUCGGGGUGUGGCAGGAGAUCCUGAACGCAGUGGCCAUUCUGUCCGUGGUGACGAAUGCUUUUAUUGUCGCCUUUACUUCCGACAUGAUCCCCCGCCUGGUGUACUAUUACGCCUACUCGGAAAGCGGCGAUUCGGGUUACAUCAGCAGCAGUCUGUCCGUGUUUGACAUCAGUGAUUUCAAUAACAUCAGCAUGCCGCUGGAGAAUAUAAUGAAUGUUACGUUUUGCAGGUACAGAGACUAUCGUUAUCCUCCCGACCACGAGAAGAGAUACUUACACACCAUGCAGUUCUGGCAUAUACUGGCUGCAAAAAUGGCCUUUAUAAUAAUUAUGGAGCAUGUGGUGUUUCUCGUCAAGUUCUUUGUGGCCUGGCUGAUCCCCGACGUCCCGUCCGAAGUGAAGGCCAGAGUCAAACGAGAAAAGUAUUUAACACAAAAGAUCCUCCACGAGUAUGAGCUGUACAAGCUGAAGCAGAAGCUGAGCGAGAGAGACCACUGCAUCGCCGUGACCAAAGAAAUCAUUGCCACGGAGGGGAAGGUUCAGCUCUCCGCGGCCAUGUAGCAAGCCGCUCUGCCGCACUUCACAACACUUUACGCUUCCGAGCCAUAGAAAACAGCCACGUGCUCUACUUUAGUUCUGUGACUCAUUGGUGUCGCGGCAAAGAUUGCUGAGACUGACCCUCUACCAGGCCGCUCCCAAUUGUAGGGGUGUUGUUUGAUUGCAGGGACCCCCGUGCCGCACGCCGCACUGCAUUGCCUAAUGACCUACACUUCCCCGCCCAGCUGGGCUCUACGUAGCAGGGGCAGCGGGGCUCUGAGGUCUAUCAGGGGCCACACAACACCCUCACCCGACAAACUGCGACACGUGCAGCAUUAUCCUGACAGCAUUUUAUUAAACGUUUUUAUGAAACGGUUA